AAUACCACAUCUCCUUACCUCUAUGGCAUCAUGCACGAGGACAUCAACCACUCCGGAGAUGGCGGAAUUUACGCAGAAAUGAUCGCCAACCGCGCUUUCCAGGGUAUCUCUGAGAAUGAGGUCGUUCCGUUUGAUCCUGUCAUGACUGCUUGGGCGCCCAUUGGUGAUGGAGUGCGGAUGACUCUUGAUAUUCUCCACCCUCUUUCUGAUGCUCUAGAAACUUCCCUCCAAAUUGACUUCCCUCUGAAUGCCACAGGAGAGGUUGGUUUCCAGAACUUUGGUUGGUGGGGCUUCGAUGUCCGUCCCCAGCAAUACAACGCUUCUCUGUUUUACUUGAACAACUACCCUCGCAACACCCAAGGCAAUGCGAGCGAUAUCACCGUGUCCUUCCGCUCGAACGUCACUGGUGAAACUUGGGCAAGCUCGACUUUCAAGAAUGUUACACCAACAUACAUCGACUUUAAACAGCUCGAGACUACUCUUCAUCCUAACGCCACCGCUCCUGACGCCAACAACACCUUCGCCAUCACUUUCGACGGUGCCCAGGUUGCUGGACAAACAUUCUACUUCAACUUGGUCUCAGUAUUCCCCGAGACGUUCAAGGGAUACAAGAAUGGACUCCGGCCGGACAUUGCUCAAGGCUUCUACGAUCUCAACCCUCAGUUCUUGAGGUUCCCUGGUGGCAACAACCUCGAAGGCUUCAGCCCUGCCCAGAGAUGGAAAUGGUGGGAAACUCUCGGCCCGUUGCAGGACCGCCCUGGCCGUGUCGGUGACUGGAACUACUACAAUACUCAAGGCCUUGGUCUGCUCGAAUACCUUGAGUGGACUGAAGCUAUGGAUAUCGAACCUGUUCUUGCUGUCUACGCUGGCUUCUCUCUCGACGUCUAUGGACAGAACGGUGCUUCCUACCCUCCUGAGCAAAUGCCUGAAAUUCUGCAAGAAGCCUUGGACGAGCUCGAGUACUGCAUGGGCGACAACUCCACCAGAUGGGGUGCCGUACGUAUCGCCGAUGGCCACCCUGAGCCGUUCAAGAUCAACUUUGUCGAGAUUGGUAACGAGGAUUGGUUCAGUGUGACCUACCCUUACCGCUUCCAGAUCAUGUAUGAUGGUUUGAAGAAGGCAUAUCCCAACAUCACUUACAUUAGCACUGCCUUCAACGAGAACGCCGCCAACUACAACAUCAGCAUUCCUGAGGGCAACAUGUGGGACUGGCAUGGCUACCAAGAGCCCUCGUGGUUCUUGGCCAACUUCGACCUUUGGGACAACUGGCAGGAGGAGACGAACAACACCGACGUCACUGUUCUAUUGGGUGAAUACUCGGUUAUCCAAAUCGACACACCUUCUGGCAUCGUCAACUACUCUUACCCUCUCGAUGUCCAUGUUCAGUACCCUCGUCUCCUCUCUGCCAUCGCCGAGGGGGUCUACGCACUCGGCGCAGAGCGCAACCCCAACACUGUCAAGAUGUCUUCAUACGCACCAUCGCUUCAGAACCGUAACUUCACCAACUGGACUCCCGACAUGAUCUCGUACGAUGCUCUACAUGACAACACCGUACUGAGUGCUAGUUACUGGCAACAGUGGCUGUUCGCACACUACCGCGGCACCGAGACAUUGCCCGUCACUGCCACCGAGGGAGAGCUGAACCCUCUGUUCUGGGCUGCCAGUAUUGACGGAGAGAACAAUGCUGUGUACCUCAAGGUCAUCAACACUCUGAACUCGACUGUGCCUCUCAGCGUCAACAUUCCCUCGGCAUACUCGGGCGUCAAUGGUACUUCCAUCACUGCUAGUGAUCUCAACUCGUACAACUAUGUUGGAAACAAGACUGAGGUUGUUCCUCGUCCUGCCGAGGUUGAGUCGACAGCAAGCUCGGCAAACGGAUCCGCUUGGUCUUGGGAUGUGCCCAAGUAUAGCAUUACUGUUCUGCAG